AUGGUAUUUAUAGCUAUUUCCUUGAUUCUUGGAGAUGGUCUUUACAAUCUAGUAAAGAUAGUUGCCAUUUUCGUUAAGGCAAUCUGGAACAACACCACCAAACCACAAGAUCUCCCUACAACAAAACAGAUCCUAGACUCCGAAAAAACCAAAUCACAACUAGAGGAACAAAAAAGAGACGUCGUGUUCCUAAAACACAGUAUCCCAUCAUGGUUGGCAGCCUCAGGCUACGUAGCCCAAGUCGCAAUAUCCAUGGCCACAAUGCCUUUAAUCUUCCCACCUCUAAAAUGGUACCUCGUCCUUGCCUCAUACAUCAUCGCCCCCGCCCUCGCCUUCUGCAACUCAUACGGAACCGGUCUCACAGACUGGAGCCUCGCGUCCACGUACGGCAAAAUCGGCCUCUUCAUCAUCGCGUCAAUCGUCGAAUCCGACGGCGACAUCAUCACCGGAUUAGCGGCGUGCGGCGUCAUGAUGUCGAUCGUCGCCACCGCCGUCGACCUAAUGCAAGACUUCAAAACCGGUUACCUAACUUUAUCAUCCGCCAAAUCGAUGUUCAUGAGUCAGUUGGUUGGCACUGCAAUGGGAUGUGUGAUCGCGCCGUUGACUUUUUGGAUGUUUUGGAGCGCGUUUGAGAUCGUAACACCCGAUAGUCCGUAUAAAGCGCCAUACGCGGUUAUAUAUCGAGAAAUGGCGAUUCUUGGGGUGGAAGGGUUUUCGAAGCUUCCGAAACAUUGUUUGGCGUUGUGUUGUGGGUUUUUUGUGGCGGUGUUGGUUUUGAAUUUUGUUAGGGAUUGGAGUCCGGCGAAGGUGGCGCAGUUUGUUCCGAUUCCGAUGGCGAUGGCGGUGCCGUUUUAUAUCGAUGCGUAUUUUGCGAUUGAUAUGUUUGUUGGGACGGUGAUUUUGUUUGUGUGGGAAAGAUUGAAUAAGAAGGAUGUGGAGGAUUAUGCGGGUGCGGUUGCUUCCGGUUUGAUUUGUGGGGACGGGAUUUGGACGAUUCCGUCCGCGAUUCUCUCGAUUUUGAGGAUUGAUCUGCCGAUUUGUAUGUACUUUGGACCUUCGGUGAGCUCUUGA